CCACAUGCAGCCAGGAAGAAUUCACUAGACCUUCCACUCUCAUUAUCUGCUAUACAUGUUUACAUUACUAGAACUAUUUAUUUUUAUUAACAAUCUCAGGUCAAAGAACUUUUAUCUUCCUGCUGACACUCGCAUACAGAUAAAUGAGGGAUGUACGUUGACCUUGAGUGAGUGAAAGCUUUUGGCUACCAGGACAGUGAAAGACAGAAUCUCAUAUAGGCUACAUAAGAUUGAUUGCAGACAUGGAGCCCGGAUCAACUGUCAAUGCUGUGCGGAGCCAGAGGGUUUUGUGUGGAGCGGAAAUUCGACCUGCAGUUAUCAUAAUAAAGGAAGGAAAGAUAAAUAGCAUUCUGCCUGAUUCAGAAGCUUCAGCGUACACAGCUGGAAAGAUAUUGGAUGUGGGGAACAGUCUGGUAAUGCCAGGCAUAGUGGACUGUCAUGUUCAUGUUAAUGAACCAGGCCGUACCUCCUGGGAAGGGUACUGGACCGCCACACGAGCAGCUGCUGCUGGAGGGGUCACCACAAUUGUAGAUAUGCCCCUAAACAGCAUCCCACCAACUACAACUCUUAGAAACUUUCAUGAGAAGCUGCGUGCUGCUACAGGACAGUGUUUUGUUGACACAGCAUUUUGGGGAGGAGUCAUCCCUGGCAACAAGCUGGAGCUGAGGCCAAUGGUCCAGGCUGGUGUGGCUGGAUUUAAGUGCUUUAUGAUUCACAGUGGAGUGGAGGAGUUUCCUCAUGUGACUGACGCAGAUCUGCACGCAGCUAUGAAACAGCUCCAGGGCACAGGCAGCGUUCUGCUGUUUCACGCAGAGCAAGAAAUCCAACUUCCAGUUUCUGAAAAAGAGGAUCGACAUGAAUAUUUCACCUUCCUGAGGUCCAGGCCUGACAUUAUGGAGCUUGAGGCCAUCCGUACUGUCACUCAGCUCUGCCUAAAAUAUCAAGUGAGAUGCCACAUCGUGCACCUGUCAUCAGCCCAGCCUCUGGAGCUCAUCAGGGCAGCAAGAAAGGCUGGAGCUCCGCUGACUGUAGAGACCACCCAUCACUAUCUCAAUCUAUCUGCAGAGAACAUUCCAACACGUGCAACUCAGUUUAAAUGCUGCCCCCCGAUACGAGACACAGCCAACCAGGAGCUCUUAUGGUCUGCACUCAAAGCUGGUGAUAUCGAUAUGGUUGUGUCAGAUCAUUCACCAUGCACACCUGACCUGAAGUGUUUAGACAGUGGCGAUUUCACACAGGCGUGGGGCGGGAUCUCUUCUCUGCAGUUUGGUUUAUCUUUGUUCUGGACAUCAGCUUCUAAAAGAGGGUUUUCAUUUUUUGACGCAGUUAGAAUCUUGUGUAAAGAGCCUGCUCAACUCUGUCACCUUGACAACCAGAAAGGGAGUCUCAUUCCAGGUCACGAUGCAGACUUAGUCAUUUGGGAUCCAGAAAAAGAGUUUACGGUGAACGAAGACACUAUACAUCACAAAAACAAGUUAACUCCCUACCUUGGCCUUGCUCUGCGAGGGAAGGUGAAGGCCACUAUUGUCCGAGGGAAGGUGGUUUACAGUCAUGGCUCUUUCAGUUCUCAGCCUCUGGGGAAGCAUCUCUUUAUCCAGCACAACACACUGGCUACUCUGUAAACCAAGCACAUUCCAUUAUCUCGCUUUACUCAUAACCUUUAGGAUGUGCUAUGGUAAAAAUGUUAUACUGUAUGGCAUGAUAAUUUUAGGGUAAGAUUUAUUUUAAUUGAUUAUUGUGCAGUAUUCUGGUAUAUUCAAAAAUGCAUUGGGUAACACUUUGCUGAAACAUUGCAAACAAACAUUAAAUACUACUACUACUACAUUUCAGAAUUAAUCUAAUAUUUAAUCUUAAUGGGAUAGUUCAUCCAAAAAUAAAAUCAUUCCUCUUAUAUCAAUCCAAUCUUACUUUCUACUGUGGAAGAUAAAAUAAUGCAUUUUGAAAAAAGUUCUUCACCAGUUCUCAUUGACUUUGGUUCCCAUUGUAUUUUUUGUCUACACAAAGAAAGUCAAUGGGAACUGAAACAUUCUUUAAAAUAUCCUCUUUAAAUAUGCUAAAUUUGUCAUGAAGCUUUUGGAACAUGUUAUUAAGCUGAUAUUUCAUUUAAAAUUGUUAUCCACCUUAUUUUUCCCAUAAAACUGGGCGUGGCCAUUUGCAAAUUUUCUGUGUCUGGCUUUUGGUCUCAUUUAAAAUCAACUAUUUUUAGCUGUACAAAACAGCUUGUUUUGCUGCUUGAUAUUGCAAUUUUUUCACCAUAUUAUUUUAAUAUAUUCUCUUAAUUAUGAACACAGUGGAUUGUACUGCAAACAGUUUUACUGUUCUCUACCUGUUGUUAUUCUUCUCGUUAUUUCCCUAAAGCGGAAGUCCGGUUUGUUAUCGGAAUUUUUUUUUUUUU